GAAUUCAGUCAUUUGCAUUUAUCGCUCGGUUUGACUGUGUUUUUGAUUAAUCGCGGGACUUGUUCUGUAUUUUAAUUACUUCGGUGGUCGUAAAAAGGAUUUUUUUUCCAGAGAUUUACGUUUUGCAUCCCGCACCUGUUCCGCCAUGUUCCGUUUGGUAAAAUCCGCCAGCGUUUGCCGGGCGUUCUCGGCCGCCGGUCUCGGUGCGAGAAACUACUCCAUUCCGGCACCGAAGUCCUCGCCGGAAAUCCUCUACACUGGAAUUUUCAUCAACAAUGAGUGGCACAAAAGUUCGAGUGGUAAAACGUUCCCCACGAUCAAUCCGACCAACGAGAAGGUGAUUGCCGAAAUUCAGCAGGGAACGAAGGCGGACAUCGAUCAGGCCGUUGUCGCCGCCCGGGAUGCCUUCCGUCUCGGAUCUCCGUGGCGUCGUAUGGAUGCCUCGAACCGCGGUCGGCUUUUGUACCGCCUAGCUGAUUUGAUGGAACGCGAUCGUGUUUAUCUGGCGAGCUUGGAAACGUUGGACAAUGGUAAGCCUUAUUUCAUGUCGUACAAUGCCGAUGUCCCAAUGGCCAUCAGCAACCUCCGGUACUAUGCCGGCUGGGCCGACAAGAACCACGGCAAGGUGAUCCCAAUGGAUGGGGAAUUCUUCGUGUACACGCGCCACGAACCGGUGGGUGUCUGCGGACAGAUCAUUCCCUGGAACUUCCCCAUCCUGAUGGCGGCCUGGAAGUUCGGACCAGCGCUCGCAACCGGUAACACCAUCAUCCUGAAGCCGGCCGAACAGACUAGUCUGACCGCUCUCUACUUGGCCCAACUGACGAAGGAAGCCGGUUUUCCGCCGGGCGUGGUUAACGUGGUGCCCGGGUACGGCGAUGCCGGUGCAGCCCUCGUUGACCAUCCGGACGUGGACAAGGUGGCGUUCACUGGCUCCACGGAGGUUGGCAAGAAGAUUCAACAGGGCUCCGGACUGGGCAAUCUGAAGCGAACCACCCUCGAGCUGGGCGGCAAGAGCCCGAACAUUAUCCUGUCCGAUUCGGACAUGAAGCACGCCGUAGAGACGUCCCACUUUGGGCUGUUCUUCAACAUGGGCCAGUGCUGCUGUGCCGGAUCGCGCACGUUCAUCGAGGACAAAAUCUACGACGAGUUCGUCGAGCGUAGUGCCGAGCGGGCGAAGAAGCGGACAGUGGGCAAUCCGUUCGAUUUGACCACGGAGCACGGCCCGCAGGUGGAUCGGGAGCAGUACGACAAAAUCCUCGGUCUUAUCGAUACCGGUAAGAAGCAGGGUGCCCGAUUGGUGGCGGGAGGCAGCAAGGUUGACGACAUGCCGGGUUACUUCAUCCAGCCGACGGUGUUCGCUGACGUGCAGGACGAUAUGACCAUCGCGCGGGAGGAGAUUUUUGGCCCCGUCCAGCAGCUGAUCCGCUUCAAGUCGCUCGACGAAGUAAUCGAGCGAGCCAACGCGACCGACUAUGGACUGGCGGCGGCCGUUUUCUCCAAGGACAUCGACAAGGUAAACUACCUGGUGCAGGGACUGCGUGCCGGUACGGUUUGGGUCAACACGUACAACGUGCUGUCGGCACAGGCUCCUUUCGGUGGGUACAAGAUGUCGGGCCAUGGUCGCGAGAAUGGAGAAUACGGACUGCAGGCGUACACGGAGGUGAAGAGCGUGAUCACCCGGAUUCCAGUGAAGAAUUCUUAAAUUUGCAUCACUCUUGGAACAAAUGAAACGCGAUAUGGUACUGAAAGCUACUCUUGAGUAGCGUUAAAAACGCACAAAAAACAAUUACUUGAACCAAUAGAUUUUCAUCAAAUGAAACAUCACACAGUGGUUAAACUGUACGCAGGUCGAAGUUUUUUAUACCUCUCUUUGGGCCUUAAAUGGGGUUUUAAAUAAAGUUAUCUACGUCAUACAUACAUUCUAGCCUUUUCGAGACAUAGUUUAAACGGUUCGAAAAUAAUAGAUUAGCAUCAGAUUUAAGUACAAAAACAGACAACAUUGCAUUU